AUGGCGGACGCGACCAUCUCGAGUUUCGUCGACAUCACAGGGUCUUCCGCCAACGUGGCGCGAGGUUUCCUAGAAAUGACGAAUAAUGACCUCGAACAAGCUAUUCAGCUCUUCUUUGAGAACCCCGAUCUACAGCACAGCAUUAACUCUGCUUCGGCGACCACACAAACAACUACCAGAAACGCUCCUUCUGGGACACAUCGCCAGACGGUGCGCGAAGACGAGCAUGGAGUUAUCCACAUAGACAGUGAUGAUGACGAGGACGAGGAUGUCGAUUCUGUCCAGGCCGUGGCUCGUAACGCGCAGGAGGAGGAAGAUGCUGCAAUGGCCCAGAGACUCCAAGAGGAGUUAUUUUCAGCCCCUGAUGACGAAAUAAGGUCGCCCAUUCGAAGCACCACGGAGACGUUAGUCGCACCUCAUCCUGCCUGGGGAUCGGGCUUUGAUGGUGACGACGAUAUCCAGUCGGACCUUCUCGAGCAGCUACGACAGAGACAGGCCCGAGCCAGACGAGCACCCAACCCAUUUAACCAGUCGAUUUGGGAUGAUCCAGACGCCCGACCAGGACCAGCCACGGCUGGCGCCCCCACUACCCGUGCCCAGCGCCUCACGGAUCUGUUCCGACCACCCCACGAUAUCAUCUCGAGGUUUUCUUGGGACGAAGCGAGGGAGGAGGGCAAGGAUACCAAGAAAUGGAUCCUCGUCAACAUUCAAGAUCUGAGUGACUUCACCUGCCAGGCUCUCAACCGCGACAUCUGGAAGGACAAGGCCAUUAAGGAGCUGGUGGCCGAGAACUUUAUUUUCCUCCAGUAUUCGAAUGAAGACGUCCUCGCGAGAGAUUACAUCACCUUUUACUUUCCCAACCACGAAAAUCCUCAAAACUAUCCUCACGUAUCCAUCGUUGAUCCCCGGACUGGUGAGCAGGUCAAGAUCUGGAGUGGGCGACCCUUCCCAUCUGCGCUGGACUUUCACAGCCAACUUGUCGAGUUCCUUGACCGGUACAGUCUUAACGCGAACACCAAGAACCCCGUCGUCAAGGUGAAGAGCAAGCAGUCAAAGGCUGUAGAUGUGGACCGGAUGACGGAGGAGGAAAUGCUGGAGAUGGCGCUCAAGAACAGUCUAGCUCCCAACGGCGGCAGCUCGGAGAAUCAAAAGUCGAAUAUCGUCGAUCCCGACUCGUUGACAAAGUCGCCAUUGCUAAGCGGUGGCGAGAGAGUGACAUCGCCCCUCCGGGAAGCGACGGCCGAGCCGGAACUGAGCGCGAGCCAAAGUGCCUUUGCCGCCAUCUCAAUUACGAACCCCCACACCGAGCCCGAACACAAUCCCGCAACGACCACGCGUAUUCAGUUCCGCCACGCCACCGGCCGCAUUAUUCGCCGGUUCAACACGCAGGAUCCCGUCAGAAGGAUCUACGAGUGGUUGAAAGCGGAGCCUAUGGAGGGCAAGGAAGGCGUUGAGUUUGAGCUCAAGAAGAUGCCUCAGGGACAUGACCUUAUCGAGAACCUCGAUGGUACUAUCGAGGAAGUGGGGCUGAAGCAGGGAACCGUCAUGAUUGAAUUCCUCGAGUAA